UCCACCUGCAGAGCAGGUGCUACCACAUAGCUCCACCUGUAUCACGGAAGUGAGGAAUAACGAGGCAACGCAACAGAAAGCCGUAUUUGGAUUAAUAACAUUGGAUUUAUCACAUUAAUACAACUAUAACCACGAUUUGAACAUUAAAUAACAUUCGAUAUAGUCCUAAAAAAAUUGGGAAGACAGAAUUCAAGGAUUGUAUGAAAUGCACACUUGAAAAUGAAAGUUUUUGAAAGUUUUAACCUUUGUGGACAUGCUGUCACCGUUGUAAUUGUUUUGUCGCUGGCACUAUGUGAGUCUUCAUCCCACAUCACGCCUACCUCCUCAUCUCCAGCUGGAGAUAGCUCAGUGCUGCAUGGUGAUUCCAUACAGUUUGACUUGGUCCCAGACAUAGUGAUGAAUGGCUCAGUGGUCCAAGUUAGUUACCAGUGCUCCAGGGCCUGUGAGGUGGGAGUGGAGGUGAUGGUCCCCACACAGACCAAGACAGGAGUGGCUGUCUUCAGGAGGAGAUGGACCAACCACAGACGCCUCCAUGUCCCCAGGACUCAUCCAGUGAAGCUUUGGUUCCCUCCAGGCAUGGCCUACAGAAAGGACCUCUUCAUGAGGCGCACAUUGGACGUCCAUAAUGUGAUGGUUCGAGCCUGGUUGGACCACCUUGAGCAAGGCAAAGGAGACAAAGGCCAUGUGAAUAGGACCAGCACAUACAAUGGGUCCCUGGUGAGGACGUUCAAAGUGCUUCAGGCAGUACUUCCCUCUGAGCGUCCAGCUAGACUUUAUCCUGGGUGCCCCUCCUGGAUGGCUGAUCUUAUGUGGCAGCUGACCAGAGACAGAAUCCGCCAGUGCCCACAUGAGUCAGACACUGUGGAUAUAUUGACAUUUCCAAUGGUUAGCACUGGAAAGAGUUUUGGAGUGAUUCGCAAGAUCCACCCUUUCAUCAACAGAGAUCUUGAGAGAGAUCGUGUCCUCACUGUGGAGCAGCCCAGUAUCACAGUGUCUAUAUGGGUCUUUCUGGUGCAGUGGUGUGACAAGAAACUGUGUGGAAUCAUCCAUCAUGUUGAUCAGAACAGCAAAUACGACACUCCUCUGAUGCAGCUCACUAACACAGGAGAUAUCAUAAUUCAGGUUCGUGUGGUGUCUGGGGGAGAUAAGGCAUUCAGAGCCCACACAGCUCUGCCUCUCUGGACCUGGAUCAGACUAGACUGCUUCAUACAAGGCUCUAAGGUGACACUGCAAGUUAAACCUGAAAUGACAUCGGGAGGAAUGGUGGGGAACACACACAUAUUUGACUUUCAGAGUGACAUCCAUUACAAUGACACUGGUGGAUACUUUGUGAUUGGAGGGGGCAGGUUCAUGCCAGGUUUCCAUGGCUAUUUUGGACCAAUCAAAUACUAUCGUUUGGGCACAGAAAAGGUGAUCAACUUCCUUUCCCCUGUCAAGACAUUAGAGGGCCUGGAAAAGACUCACAGAGAGUGUGAUGUUAUCAGAGAAGUCACUGCAGCCUUUCUUCAGGCUGUGACACACAACCAGGAAGUCUUUAUGACAGGUUUGUGUCACUCUCACUACAUCAGUUUAUGGAGAAGGUUUGGACAGAAUACAUGUAGGCAGACAUGGACCUGGGAAGCACAGAAGAAGCACCGUGUACUUUUCACCUUCUUAGAGACCCAGCUAAAGGACUUCACCACAGGAACUAAGAACAGGAGAACACCCCUUUACCUUGGAAGCAGAUUGUUUGAGCAUGUAGUGAAUAGACUGUCCAAUAGAGGAAGCAACCAGAUGGACUCCACCACCACCACCUCCUCCCUGAUAGCCCUGCUGCAGAUGUCCUCCUGCUAUGGCUACCACCACUCCUCCUUGCUGCUCUCCACCAUCCACCUGGCUGGCCUGGGGGCCCCUGUGGACCAACAGCAGGGUCAUGUCUACAGUCUGAUUGGUGCACUGGGAGACAACCGUUUAGCCCUCAUGCAUUUGGGCUACAAACACACACAAGGAAUUGACGGGUUCCCCAAAGACUUUGACAUGGCGUACAGUUACUACUCCAAUGUUGGGGCACAGACCAGUAUUGACCAAGGCCGGGUACUGGGGAAUCAGCAAUAUAUCACGGAGCACAUUCUUAUAAGCAACGAGGACCACCUGAACAGCCUAACUCAUGAGACAGGUGACACCUUUCAGUAUAUCAAACUUCAAGCUGACAGAGGAGACGUUGAAUCACAGAAACUUCUAGCAAAGCUUCUAUUCUGGGGUCAAAAUGGUGUCUCUAAGGACGUUGGGAGUGCAGUUAAGUGGUAUGCUAAGAGUGCCAUGGAGCUGGAGGAUCCUGCAGCCAUGUAUGAGUACUCUAUCUUAUUAUUUAAGGGACAGGGGGUGAAGAGGAACAUGACUCUGGGUCUCCAGAUAUUGGAGAAAGCUGCAGCCAAGGGUUCAGUCCAAGCCUUGAAUGGGCUAGGGUGGUAUUACAGCACCAUACUGAGAGACUACAAGACUGCCUACAAGUACUUUGAACAGGCUGCCCACAAUGGCAGUCAUGACGGCAUGUUUAACCUGGGUGUGUAUCACUUAAAUGGGAAGAACCCACACAACCCAGAAAAGAACGAGACUGCUGCGUUUCAUCUCUUCCUAAACUCCUCCCUCUAUGGUCACGUGGACGGGGCGGUGGAGGCGGCCUGGUACCUGUCCACAGGAAACCUGGAGGGGGUCUCCCGGGACACAGAGAGGGCUGUGAUCAUGCUGAAACAGAUCUGUGAGCAGAAUGGUUACCUGGGAUACAUCGUAAGAGAGGCUCUCCAAGCCUACCUCCAGGGCUUCUGGGGCGAGGCUCUGGUCAGGUAUGCCCUUGCCGCUGAAACAGGUUUGGGAGUGGCCCAGAAUAAUGUUGCCUACCUAUGUGAGGAGUUGAAGCAGAGCUAUGAUUGUCAAUGGAGGUAUUAUAACCAUUCCACAAUGAACUAUGCCCCACAUGAUUCUGGUUUGCUGAAGAUGGGCGACUACUACUACUCAAGCAGCAGGCUAGGAGCUGUUGAUCAGGCUAUAUCACUGUACAGCAGAGCAGCCCUUGCAGGCAGUUCUCAGGGAAUAUAUAAGUUGGUGGUUUUGGCAGAAGAGGGACAUGAUGUCCCAUUGAUCAUCAGAGACAGAUUAAACAUAUCAAUUCAUGAUGGGCUAGACAUUGUGGUGGAGAGACUCUUACAAAGAUGUGUAGAGUUGGAUGAAGAUAAGGAUCUGACACCAUGUACUUUAGCUCUACUCAGAGUCCGCAUGGGACAAUCCUGGAGAAAAAUGACUCAAGACCCUAUACAGCUGUCACUGGUUUAUAUAUCUGUUGUUACUCUCAUCAUUGCUCUGAUUACUGUGCUAAUCCAAAGUGCUCUGGAGUGUCUCCAAGUGCACAUCCCAGCUAGACAACGUAGGCAGACCACUGACCGUGCAGUAGAUGACAGGACAGGGACAUCCCCUGUCAAUCAAGCAGAAGUCAAUGGGAAUGGACAGCAGGAUCAGAAUGACCCCAUCAGGAGAGAAGACAGAAUGUCCAGAACUGUUAGAAUGGCCCAGGGUCUAUGGUCCAUUUUACUGAGGGAUGGACAGAGAGUGCAGCAGACAGUUGACCUGGCUGUUACUGUGUCUGGGGUGUGUCUCUGUGUCCUCUGCACAUUGAUCCUCCAUCACCUGCUCUGAUAGUUGUCUUACACAGCACAGGAAAUGCCUGAGACAGAA